AUGUUGCAAUCAACUCUAUUUAUUUAUUUAUUGAUAUUGGUUUUCCUCAUAUUGAUCAUUGAUGCACAAGAUAUUGGGUUUGAUCCUUCUGUAGAUCACUUUGACACUCAUGCUGUCCUUAAUAAAGGUAAACCAAAAAAAAAAAAAAAAAGAGUUGAAUUGAUUUUUAUUUUAUUUUAUUCUUUUGGAGUAGAUUUAGAUAGCUUGUUUUCUGUUGAAUACCAUCACUGGUAUAAGGUCGUAACGAACCAUGCAGCUAAUCAAAAAUAUGCUCUUGUAUGUUGUGGACAAGACACCUCACAUCCUGAUUUGAUCAACCAACAUUACGAUGCCAUUAUCAAUAUUCCAGUCAAAGCAGUGGGUAUCGACGGUGCAUUCAACGUGUUACCUUUUCUCGAGCUUUUACAACUUCAAGAUACCGUGCAGUAUAUCAAUGGAUACGAAAAUGUCACGUCUCCAUGCUAUCAACACUUGCCCAGAGAAUCUCAAGAUUUGGAUAUGAUGUUUGUUUCAAAUGAUGCGACUGCUAGUAUGGAAAAGAAUGCUGCUGUUGUGUUUUCUGCCAAUGACAAUCAAUUGACUCCACUUGCGGUAAGUCUUUUCAUUAAAAAAAAAAAAAGGAUGAAAAUAAUCCUAGUGGUACCUUCCGAUCCUCUUCAAUUCCAUCAAGAUAUUCAUCAUGCGGAUAUAGUGAUCGAUCAAACGGAUUUUAGUAAGAAUUUGGUGAACACAGAUGCUACUUAUGAAGACUGGCUUGAUGCUGGUGAAUUCAUUGCUGGAACAGUUAGUUUUGAUCAACCAUUUAUACAUCACAAUACUUUGUAUCGAGUAGAUGGACUAGUGGAUGAAAAGGGAUUUCUUGAUUGGACUCAACGAGCAGCUGCACGACCCGACUUGGUAUUGACAGAUAUGAUUCAUCUAAGCUAUCCACUUUACAAUCGAUCUUAUCAAUACGUUUGGCUACGUAAUUUCGCCAAAAUGGAUCACUCUCGAGUCAUCACACCAUCAACCUAUUCUUGCGUGAAACCCUCGAUGGCAUCAUUGGAGACAUGUUCAUUGCGUCGUGAUCUAUUCCCAGAAAACGAUGCUUCUUCCUCUUUUCGACAUCCUGGCAACGUGGGUUUGAUUCUUGGCAUCUUGGCAACUUGUGGACUGACUGUAGCGGCGAUUGUCUUGUAUAGAAAUUGGCGGAAUCAAACCAAGAUUGAAUAUUUCCCUCUUACCAAUUUUUAG